CCAACAGUGGCAACGGCAUCAAGCAUCCACCACUCAAGCGCUCAACAUCAGCACUUCACAGCAAAAUCAGCAGCACCACCGGAAACAACAACAGCAGCAAACAAGACCUCCCAGAUGACAAACCAUCAUCCGACCGCUCGACAAACAAUGGCCUCGUCCAGGAAUCGACCUCAACCCAAUGAUCCGACAAACAACCACAACCAGUGUAAACAGCCCAAGACAAUCAGGGUCACACGCAGAUGGUCAACAGCAGAAGCAGCAGACUCCGCAGCAGCAUACACAGCAACAACACCUUCACAAACAGCAGCAACAGCACACGAUACAGCUCCAGACAGCGGGACCAACGCAAGUAGGAGGAACCACUACUCGGCCGGUGCAGCAGUCGCAGUACGAUCGCACGGACCAGCAGACACGGAUCCAGCCAGCGAACACAAAUCGCCUCACAGCAACAACAAAGCACCACGGUCACCACUCAGCAAGCAGAGCGCGACGGCAAUGGAUAAACAGAAAAACAGCAGCAAGGCACUUGGAAGAGACUCAGUCUUUCAGCAACGCUUGA